UUCAACUUCUUUACAAAAUGUCAAAAUUUCUCAAUGUAGCUAUCUUGGCGGGCACAAGCACCAUGCUUGCAUACUCCUCCGCCCCAGUAGCCCAAGACAGGAACAAGGCGCCGCAGAUGAAGCGUGAGCUGCCUAGUCGCAGCAUGAGCAUCGAUUCAUUGCGACGCACGGAGUACGAUAUUUUAAUUAUUGGCGGUGGUGCAGUGGGCGCUGGCUGUGCCCUGGAUGCGGCUACACGUGGACUCAAAACCGCCUUGGUUGAGGCCGAUGAUUUUGGCAGCGGCACCUCCUCGAAGUCCAGCAAGCUGUUGCAUGGCGGCCUCAGGGAUCUCGAUCAAGCCAUCAGCCAUUUCGACAUGGCCGCCUUUCGACGUGUCCAAACCUCUUUAAACGAGCGCAGCAACAUUGCCAAUCUGGCGCCGCAUUUAAAUCAACCCGUGCCGAUUAUGUUGCCGGUCCAUCAUUGGUGGCAACUGCCCAUCUACUGGGUAAAGCUGCAUCUAUAUCAUCUGAUGGCGCCUGGCACCACAAAGGGUUUCCAUUUCAUCAAUUCACGCGAGGCGCUCGAAAUGUUUCCCAUGAUGCGCCGCGAAAUCUUUGGCGCCUUUGUCUUUUACGAAGGGCAGCACGACGAUGCCAGGAUGUGUCUCGCAGUCAUUUUAACAGCCUCUCGCUAUGGCGCCGACAUUUGCAAUCAUAUGAAGGUGGUUAAGUUGCUGCGCGACAAGAAGAACAUGGUGGUGGGUGCCAUCGCAGUGGACCAACUGACUGGUAAACUCUACAAGAUACACGCCAAAAUGGUUAUAAAUGCUACGGGGCCAAUGAGCGACACUAUCGCACGCCUGGAGGAUGCCCAAGCGCCGGCACAGUGCACACCCACCUGGGCCUCGCACAUAGUGCUGCCGCCCUUCUAUUGCCCCGAGGAGGUCGGCCUGUUCGAUCCGCAUACAAAGAAUGGCUCGGCCAUAUUCUUUCUACCCUGGUUGGGUCACACGCUGAUGGGCACCUCGGAUGAGACACGCGAGGAGAGCGAAGGGCCACAGCCAACGGAAAUGGAGGUGCAGUACCUGCUGGACGGCAUUAGGAACUAUAUCAAUCCCAACUUUGAUGUGCGACGCUGUGACGUCUUGGCAGUUUGGGGCGGCUACAAGCCGCUGCCCAUUCAAUCGAAGGCGCUGCAACAUUCGACUUUGAAGAAUCAUGUUAUUUCUUUGGGGCCGGGCAAAAUGAUCUCAAUUGUGGGCGGCACCUGGACGUCGUUUCGGCUGCUGGCAGAGAAGGCGAUCGAUACGGCUAUCAAGAGUGGUGGCCUGGAGCCAUUGCGGAGACACUCAAUUACGGCGACCCACUGUAAACUGGACGGGGCCGAUGGCUGGUCACCGAGCAUGUUUAUAAGACUGGUGCAGGAUUUUGGCUUGGAGGAAGAUGUGGCCAAGCACUUGUCCGACACUUACGGUUCGAAUGCCUUCAAGUUGGCCGUUUGUGCCAACACCUGUGGCGGCAAGUGGCCGAUUAUAGGAAAGAGGCUGCACUCAGAAUUCCCCUACAUUGAGGCGGAGGUGCGGCAAGGUGUAAGGGACUAUGCCUGCACGUUGGUCGAUAUGGUGGCACGUCGCCUGCGUGUUGCCUUCCUCAAUGUGCACGCGGCGGAGGAGAUAUUACCGCAGGUGGCCAACGAAAUGGCGCGCGAGUUGAAAUGGAGCAAGAAGAGAAAGUCGAAAGAAAUCCUAAAGGCUCGACAAUUUCUCAACACGCAAAUGGGACACGUACCCAAAAGUGAGCAAGCCCAGUUGAGCAUACCCAUCAAAAUGUCCGUGCAUCAGGUGCAAAAAUAUGCGGCGUACUUUAAGACUCUGGACGAGCACAACACCGGUCUUGUGUCCAUAAACAAAUGCUGCGCGGCGAUGAAAACGUUUGGCGUCAAAGAAGUGCCCGUGGAUCUGAUGCACAACGUCCUGCGAGACAUCGACUGCCAUUCGCAGGGUCAGGUGAAUCUGUACGAGUUCCUGUUGCUGAUGUCGGCCAUUGUGCACGGUGACACGGCCUAUUUGCGCUAUGCCAAAAUGAAUCUCGACCAGAAACUUUCGGCGAUAAGUAACCGGCGGAGCAAAAAGCGUGCAUUGCCUGUCGAGCGUUCUGGCGGUGGUUUGUGAUGUCUAAAUUAAUCCUUUUAAAAUGCAUAAUGUCAUUGAGCAAUAAAUAGUAAAAAAUCUA